GGCUUAGAGAGAACAACUAAGCGGGAGAGUUAGAGAGCGAGCGAGCGGAGGGAGGGGUACGAGCGCACGUCAGCUGCCUACAAAUGACACACUGCAAUCAUAAACUGUCUCGCGACGCGUUCUUUCGCGCCUUUUCGUUGGCGAAGUAAGAAGAAGACACCGUGGCACUCGGAGAAAAGCGGCUUCCGUUACCGAUUCGGCGGAUAAGACGUUUCUAGCGCACUUCUGAGGGACUUGCACUCUCCUCAGCCCCCCCUCAAAAAAGCUCCAUCGCAGCCGCCUGUGAGUCUGGAUGGACCGCGAAGGAUCCUGCCGGAGCUCGAGCCGAGAUAACGGAAUUAACCCCACGCCGAUUAUAUAAGGAUUUUGCGACAAAGAAAGUCGGGAGACGUAAAGGCUCGCUAAUUCGCCCGAAUCAACUGCACGCCAGGGUUUAUAUUAUGGACAAUGUAGUCUUUGAGCUCGGCGUGGCUGACUUCUCUGGAUUAUUUUCCACGUUUAGUUAUGCUGAGCAGCGGUUCAGUGUUAUUACUGGCGCGAUUCUGGACACUGGAUUUAGAUGAUAUCGUCUUGAUGCCCGCAGGUUCGCGCUGGUCAGUAGAUUGAGACUGCCGUGUGAAGUCUUCAUGCUGUGGGCAUGUUGCCCUCGCCCCAGGUGUGCGUGUCUACUCUGGUGACAGUGAGCACGAUGGCCGUGGUCGACCUCUACCUGCUGGAGCAGAGCAUGCUGGGACCUCGAGGCGGAGCCCGUCCUGCAGUAUGGCCAUGUGUUGCCGUCGCGCUGGGUGACCUGUGCUUCCUGCUGGCGCUGCGCUUCGUUUCCGCCGGUGUGGUUUCGGAGGCUCGCUCUCCCCGCCGGGGCUUCGCCAACGCUCUGUGGUUUCUCUUCCUCUCUCUGCUGCAGCUGAAGCUUUUCUUUGUGUGUCAGAACUACAGACAGGAGCGACGACCCCCGGAUCCUCUCGCCCGCAAGACUCUGACUCUUCUUCUUUCUGUGUGCCUGCCCUCGCUGUUUCUCAUCCUGACGGGAGCCGAUUACAUGACUCCGCUCAGAAGGAAGCAGGAGGUGCGCAGCCGGCUUCUGUGGGUGGUGGUAGACUUGCUUGAUGUGUUGGAUCUGCAAGCCGGGCUGUGGGAGGUGCAGGGAAGCGUGGGGGUACCUCUUUGGGUGGAGGGUAUAGUGUUCUUUUACUGUUACGUACUGUUGUUGUUGCUGCCAUGUGUGUCGCUCACAGAGCUGGGUGCCACUGCGCUGCCUGGUCUCCAGGCGACUCGGAAGGAGGCCAUCUAUCCGUGGCUCAGCCUGGUCACCAUUAACCUGUUCACGCUCGUGCCCAGAGGGGUCGGAAUGCUGUGGUACAGAGACCCACGAGUGUCCACCGUGUUUCUCGGGAAAAACCUGCUGGCUCUUGCGGUGAAGUUGAGCUCUGCCUGGGAGAGGCACAGAAAGGGCAGAGGAGGGACGCAAGGCACAGGAGCCGCCUCAGGAACUGGAAAUCAGCCUCGAGGGGCAACAUCGGAGCAAACCACGGAGCAGGAGCAAGAGUGCACGUCUCCAGUGCCGUCUUCUACACGCUACCACACGCUCUCACGCACUCACGGGCACAGCCACUCGCUCUCUCACGUCAGCUUAGACCCCACCGAAACCUCUUUGGGACCGGCUUACAUUUCCCACGAGCUCUAGAGGUCAUAAGAGCCCCGAAACUGCCAACAACCGGAAUUUGUAGGCUCAUAACUAUCCCUGGAGUCUCUGUGCUUUUGGCAAGAUUAGCAGAGAUAACUCACCGUAUUAGCACACUUUGUAGUUUGUACAGCUGAUGAUUUGUAAAGCCAAACACGAGCAGCCUGCUGCGGUGUGAAGCUCCCAGACAAAAAUGAUAAUGAGGGGGGAGGGGGUGGGCUGUUUUAAUUAAGUGCCUUCUUAAAAGAGCAACAAUUAAUAUUGUUACUCUUGUUCGUUUUGGUGUUCAUCAAGGACUUGAAUUAAAUCAUGUACUGUGAAGCAUGACCACUGUUAAUAUUCCACUCUGUAAUAAAAAUAUUUCAUAGA